UGAUGAAUGAAAAACAUAAUACUUGGAAACUGGAAUUGCUCACCUUGGCUCUAGUUUUCAUCUUACCUGUAGCUUAGGAGCAGAGCAGCCCAUACUGCGCCCUUCCAAGUGCUGUGUCGGCAACUUGUCAGUUGUUGCCAGCCACAGCUACACUUCAUAGAAUGAAUUAGAUUGCAGCUCCAUGGAAACAAUAAUCCCAGCAUGCAAUGCUUGAUCUCAGAGGCUCUGCUGCAUCACAUGCUGAGAUCUUUCUGCUCCUCCUUACUACUGGUAAUGUUUGUCAUGUUGUUGAAGUAGAACUAGGUGUAUAUUGGCUACCCCUGCUCUGUGGGAGGAGCUGGGGAUUGGCUGCAAUGCCAGACUGAUGGAUGCUGGGCCACUCUUCUAACUGCCGCUCAUUGCUGAAGGUUCUCAUGCAGGGCCACAAUGUCAGAUAUCAUGGUGAAUUUGAAGUCCUUUCAGUCUGAGUGUGCGGUGGAAGAAUGCAAACAGUCCUUGCUGUGUUUGAGAAGCCGCUGCAAGGGGCUGAUGGUGAAUGCAUGUGCCCAUGCUGUCUUCUUCUGCAAGCUGCUCCAUGCCCUCAGGCAGAAAGAGAGUGGGAAGGUUUCACUGAUUUCCUCCAAGGAAUCUAUGGGCAGUGAAGGCCUGAAGGUUGGGAUUAUUGGUGGAGGCCACAUUGGGAAGCAGCUGGCCAGGGCACUACUGGAGCUGAGUGGCGUUUCGUCUCAGAAUAUCCACAUCUCCACCAGGAGGCCAGAGACUUUGUCAGAGUUCCAGCAGCUGGGAGUCGAAUGUUUUUAUGACAAUGGCCAGCUUGUGGCCUGGGCAGACAUUGUGUUUCUUUGUUGCCUCCCAUCUCAUCUACAGCAAAUCUGCUCAGGAAUUCAUUCUGCACUCCGGGAACCUUGCAUUGUGUACAGCCUGGUCACUGCUGUCCCGCUGCCCAGGUUGAAGCAGCUCCUUUCCUACAGUGCCAUCCUGAGGCCACAAUACCAGUGCACUAGCAGAAACUUAAGGAACAUGUGGGGGACAAAUGGGACAAUCACAGCUGCACUCCAAGACCCUAUUGUUAUACAGGCUACCUGUCCCUGUGGUCCCAAAGAGAGAAUUGCUGUGACUGGCAAGUGGUUGGAGGCCAUUUUCUAUGCAGCCCUGAACAGCUGCAUGUGGUGGCGUCUGCCCCACCAGCGCACACUGAAGUUACUGAAUGACAUAUGUUUCCCCGAGCACUGCCCCAUCUGUGCAGAGCAGAAGACUUCCUGCCCACGCUUUGUGUGUGGGAACUUUGUCAGCCAAACUUUUGUCUCCUCCCUGACUCAAGAGGACACCUUCCCCUGGUUUGACCUGACAACUGUACAAAUGAAGGAGUCUCCCUUCAGUCAGCUUCUAGCAAGGAGUGUGCUUCUCCAGAACCAUCUUACUUUGUUUUACUGUACCUCCUUUGGAGUUUUGCUUGCAAAGAGUGGAGGGAGCCAGCAGAAUUUCUUCUCUUCCUGCCACAGCAGAUCCCCGUAUGGUGCUGGGUCAUGA